AUGGUUAUGGACAAGACAUGGGUUCAUCUUAACAGAACAGAUCCUGGUUAUGAGAAAGGUGCUUGGGAUUUUGUGAGGUCUGUGGCUGCAGGUUUAGGAGACAAUUCAAUUAUUAUUUGCCCGUGUAUUGACUGUCGCAACGUAUAUCGCCACUCAGCCGUUGAUGUUGUUGAUCAUCUUGUAAUAAGAGGAAUGGAUUGGAGUUACAAGUCGAGGGAUGACUGGUUUCAUCAUGGAGAAGUGAAAUCAGGGACUGAGUGUAGAAAGAACACAAGCCAGUGGAACGAAGAGAUAUUAGGUUUGUUCAAAGCUGCCGAGUUUAUGGAUGAAGAGCUUGUUAGUCAUGGUGAUUUAAUUGAUGUUGAUGAAGGGGAUGAUAAGGUAGAAGAUGAGUUCUUAGCCAAGCUAGCUGAUGCAGAAGCACCACUGUAUCCAGGUUGCACAAACUACAACAAGCUAUCUGCGAUUGUUUCACUCUUUCGGUUAAAGACUCAGAGCGGUUGGUCUGACAAAAGUUUUGAUAGUCUACUUGAGACUUUAAAACAGAUGCUACCCAAGGAUAAUGUAUUGCACACGUCCUUGUAUGAGGUGAAGAAAUUCUUCAAAUCUUUUGAUAUGGGUUAUGAGAAGAUACACGCUUGUGUGAAUGACUGUUGUCUGUUUAGAAAUCAGUAUGAGGAGCUCGACAGUUGUCCUAAAUGCAAAUCUUCGCGAUGGAUGAUUAACAAGCGAACUGGUGAGGUGAAGAAAGGGACUCCACAGAAAGUACUUAGGUACUUUCCGAUAAUUCCACGUCUCAAGAGGAUGUUCAGGUCAGAGGACACGGCGAAAGACUUACGGUGGCAUUUCAAUAAUAAGAGCACAGAUGGAAAAAUGCGUCAUCCGGUAGAUUCUGUGACGUGGGAUCAAAUGAAUGAAAAGUAUCCGUCAUUUGCUGCAGAAGAAAGGAACAUUAGGCUUGGACUCUCCACAGAUGGGUUUAAUCCUUUCGACAUGAAAAAUGUUAACUAUAGUGCAUGGCCUGUUUUGCUAGUCAAUUACAACAUGCCACCUGACAAGUGUAUGAAAGAGGAGAACAUCAUGUUGACAUUGCUGAUUCCUGGACCAACUCAACCUGGAAACAAUAUAGAUGUAUAUUUAGAACCUCUUAUAGAGGAUCUAAACCAUCUGUGGGAGAAGGGAGAGGUAACGUAUGAUGCAUUCAGUCGCACUACAUUCACUUUAAGAGCAAUGCUUUUGUGGACCAUUCAGGAUUUUCCGGCAUAUGGAAAUCUAGCAGGCUGCAAAGUUAAAGGCAUAAUGGGUUGUCCGGUUUGCGGGAAGCACACAGAUAGUUUGUGGUUGAGUAAUUGUAGAAAGCACGUGUAUAUGUGUCACCGGAAGUCUCUGUCACCGAACCAUGUUUAUAGACGAAAGAAAACCUGGUUUGAUGGUAGAGCUGAGCUUGGUAGAAAAGGUAGGAUUCUGACUGGUCAUAACAUUUAUCAAAUACUAAAAAAUUACAAAAAUGACUUUGGGAAUGUAAUAGUAAAUGGAAGAAAGAGGAAGAUGCAAGAUCGUGUUGGUUCAGCCUCUGAUACUGAUGAUGAAUCUAGUGAAUCAGAAGAAGAGGAAGAACAAGUAGAUGAAGAGGAGCUAUCCAGAUGGAAAAAGCGGUCAAUCUUCUUCAAGUUAGAGUAUUGGAAGGAAAUGCCGGUUAGGCAUAACCUAGAUGUGAUGCACGUUGAGAGAAAUGUUGCCGCCAGUCUUGUCUCUACAAUGCUGCAUUCAGCGAAAUCAAAGGAUGGUGUUAAUGCUCGAAAAGAUAUGCAACUGCUUGGUAUUAGAAAGGAUUUACAUCCCCAAGCACGUGGGAAAAGAACCUACCUUCCUCCAGGUCCUUGGUCUCUGUCCAAAACAGAGAAGAAAGUAUUUUGUAAGCGAUUGUCUGACUUCAGAGGACCAGAUGGCUACUGCUCAAAUAUUUCUAGAUGUGUUAAGAUAGAAGAUUGUACGGUUAAGGGUUUGUUACCUAAAGGUGUUAGGAUAGCUAUUGGACGUUUAUGCGCUUUCUUCAACAAACUAUGUCAGCGAGUUAUUGACAGAGAGGCAAUUUCUGUAAUGGAGCAUGAAGUUGUGGAAACUAUCUGCAUGUUUGAGAGAUUCUUUCCUCCAAGUUUCUUUGACAUAAUGGUGCAUUUAACAGUCCACUUAGGCAGGGAAGUUCGGUUAUGUGGACCAGUUCAUUUUCGUUGGAUGUACCCAUUUGAGAGAUACAUGAAAGUUCUGAAGGACUUUGUAAGAAACAUGGCAAGACCAGAGGGUUGUAUUGCUGAAUCAUAUCUCGCUGAAGAGUGCAUGCGGUUCUGCAGUGAUUUCUUGAAAAAUACUACAAAUGCUGAUGAGAAAAUGGAAAGAAAUGCUGAUUAUGAGAACUGCUCUAUCUUGGAGGGUCGUCCUAUAUCAGCACCUACUUCAUGUACUCUUACUGAGAAUGAGAAGAACAUAGCACAUCUUGCUGUCAUUCAUAAUAUGGCUCUGAUUGAUCCUUAUGUGGACAUGCAUCUACAACAUCUUCAAGAUUCUAGUGAAAGAUGUAGACGUGAUUCGGCAUUUUUGUGGAGAACCCAUUCUCAGAAAUUUGCCUCGUGGUUAAAAGAACAAAUACCUAUGACUUCUGAUCAUGAAGAUACACUUAAGUGGUUAGCAUAUGGUCCUCGUCUAUGCGCCAGGUCUUACACGGGUUACAUAGUCAAUGGCAAUCGGUUUCAUACAGUCUCGGUUGAUAGGCAAACUCAAAACUGUGGCGUGUUGCAUGAGGCCACAGCAAUGUGUAUAGCUAGUGCUAAAGACAAUUCUCCAAUGGUUGAUGUUGUGUCUUAUUACGGCAGAGUGGUGGAUAUUAUACUGCUUGAUUACAAUGUCUUCUACAUUCCUAUAUUUAAGUGCCAAUGGGCAAAUAUAGGCAAUGGAGUAAAGGAAGAAGAAGGAUUCACACUAGUCAACCUUAGCCAAAGUCAAGCUUCAUUCGCAAAAGAUCCCUACAUACUAGCAUCUCAAGCACAUCAAGUUUUUUAUUCAAGAGUAGAUGAUUCUUCGAGUUGGUAUGUAGCUAUGAGAGGUUCUAAAAGAAGAUACAAUGCAGAGGAUGCUGAAACUGACGAAGCAGACGUUGGACCAUUGCCUGUAUUAAUAGACAUGGAUGAAGAUGACCUGGUCGAUGAAGCUAGGAAUGCCCGAGCUGACUGUGAAGGGAUUUAUGUAUGA